GCAGUAAAGAGUUGAGAGCAGUGAGUUGCCACCUCUUCCUCUAGUGGGGACUUCAUGUUGGAACUUAGGCGCUUUCUGGAGAACAGCACGCCAGCCGGGCCUUGGGCAAGAUGUACGAGCGACACAAACGGAGAUAUAGCCUCUGCUCUAAAGGGGAAAGAGCCGUUGACGUAGUGUUGAUAAAGAUCCACCGAGAGAAGGAGUCCUUCCCAGCCGCCCCAGACAUACUGAAGCACCGCAGCCUGGAGAAGGGGACCAGCAUCGACUCCACAGAUUCCCCUCAGAGCUCCAGGAGCUCCAUUUCCACCCUGCAGAGAGACUCAGGCAGCGACACAGAUGGCUUCUGCAGCACCGACACGGGAGAGGACAACGUCUUCAGAAAGGGCGAUGACACGGUGACAGGUGACAGCACUAGCGAGGUCUCGGUCUCCUGCUCCUCCACGGACGACGCCGCCAGUUUGGGCCACCCCAGCUCCUCCUCCUCCUCCUCCUCCUCCUCCUCCUCUUCCUCCUCUUCCUCUCGGCUGCCGAGCGGAGACAUCGCCCGGCGACUGGGCGCCAGCGGAGGGGUCGUUGGGGCCGUGGACACGGAGGAGGAGGCGAAGGACUGCGUGUCGGACGUCCCGCUUCGCUCCUCCAGCGUACGCUCCCUCUCGCCGUUCCGCAGACACAGCUGGGGACCCGGGAAGAACGGCCACGCGGACGUAGACAUGAACCAGCGCAGUGUGCUGCCAAGCUAUGGGGAGGAGAAGCCGGCGCUGCACAGACGAAGUUUGAGCCUGGAAGGGUUGGCAGCCGAUGGCACUGAUGGCAAGGCCUGGCACCCCCACCAGAGCAUGCCCGCGCAGCAGGCCAGACGGGUCGGACGCCAGGAGAGCGAGGAGAGGGGGUCGCUCGUCUCACUGACCGAGGAGGAGCACGAGUCGGACAUGGCCGACUGCAGCAGCCUGGACAGCCAGAAGUCACGGCGGUAUCAACCAAUGAGAUGCAGCGUUCCGUCCAUGACUCUACCCCUCACCAAGUCAGUGUCCAUGUUGGCCAUUAGCCAGAGAGACAUCGAUGCGAUAGGACGCAUUCGCCAAAAGCGCCGAAUCUCCUUCUCUUUCAACUUCUCCCCGAUCCUCCCCAAAUCCAAGCGCCUGCAGGCCAUCCCCUACUCGUCCAGCGACGACGAAGGUGACACUGAUGACGAUGACGAUGGGGACACCAUGAGUCUGAAUUCCUUCGCUAGUACCACUGGAUCAGUAGACUACAGCAUCACUGAGGAGGAGCCGGGUCCUCUCAGAGGGGACUUUGAGGGGAAGAGUGGGACCAAAGUCAGCCGUACCUUCAGUUACCUCAAAAACAAGAUGUACAAGAAGACACGAGAGAAGGACAAAGAGCGGCACAAGGAGAGGGAGAAGGAGACGAAGGAGAAGAGGAUCAACGGUCAUUUCUUCAGCCAUGUUGGCUCUGUCCAGCCCACCUUGUGUCCACAGUGUCACAAAGCCAUCAGCUCCAAGGAGGCCUUCGUCUGCAGCAAUUGCUACGUGUGCGUCCAUAAAGGCUGCCGCGAAUCGUUGCCUGUUUGUGCCAAGGUGAAAAUGAAGAUGCACAAACAGCAGCAGUACGCCGUCCCAGAUUCCACCACAACGCCCGCUGUCACGCUACGCCCCAAAUCUUCAGGGUCACGGGAGCGCCCUUGGUCAGCCAUCUUGUCCCCGGAGGAGCACUCCUUUGUGACGGCACCUCGGCGGCACACACUCAUGCCCUUCAACAGCAGCAACCUCUCCAAGAGCAUCUCCAUCAGCAACAUCGCAGGGCCGGUGUUUGAUGAGAUCCCCCUGAAGGGCCUGCGCUAUCUGUCCCAGUCCACUGACUCCCUGCACAAGCCCAGCAAGGUCAAUGAGUCCACCGAGUCUCUGGUCGAUGAAGGGACAGAGAUGAUUGACAGCCAACUGAUGGGCGAGUUUGAGGCGGACGUGCGUGAGCUGGAGGCUGACUCUUGGAGCUUCACCGUGGACAAGAAGUACCUGAAGACCCUCAAGAAGGACACCAUCAAGAGGCAGGACGUCAUCUAUGAGCUGAUGCAGACGGAGAUGCACCACGUGCGGACCCUGCGUGUGAUGGCGGAGGUCUACUGCAAGGGCCUACAGAAGGAGGUGCAGCUGGAGACGCAGACGCUGGAGCGCAUGUUCCCCGUGAUGGACGAGCUGCUGGACACACACACGCGCUUCCUGACCGGCAUGCUGGACUGCAAGAGGGACGCACAGCUACAGGCCGGCAACGCUGGAGGGUUCGUCAUCGAGAGGAUCGGAGAUGUGCUCGUCAACCAGUUCUCGGGGUCCAGUGCGGACUGCAUGAAACGGGUCUAUGGGAAGUUCUGCAGUCGACACAACGAGGCUGUGAAUCUGUACAAGGAGCACCAUUCUAAAGACAAGCGCUUUCAGGCCUUUAUCAGGAAGAAAAUGAGCAGCAGCAUAGUGAGAAGGAUGGGUAUCCCAGAAUGCAUUCUGCUUGUCACUCAGAGAAUAACCAAAUACCCGGUAUUGCUGCAAAGGAUACUUCAGCACACCAGAGAGGACGAGGAGGAGCACGCUGACUUGACCCAGGCGCUGUGCCUGGUGAAAGAGGUGAUUGCAGCGGUGGACCAUCGCGUGAGCGAGCAGGAGAAGCGGAGGCGACUGAAGGAGAUCCACGCGCGCACCGACAGCAAGUCCAUCAUGCGCAUGAAGAGUGGACAGAUGUUCGCCCGCGAGGACCUGCUGAGGGGACGUCGCCUGCUCCACGACGGGACGCUGCAGCUCAAGAACGCCACCGGCAGGCUAAAGGAUGUCCAGGCUCUGCUUCUGUCAGACAUCCUUGUGUUCCUUCAGGAAAAAGAUCAGAAAUAUGUCUUUGCCUCGCUGGACCAGCGGUCAACGGUGAUCUCGCUGCAGAAGCUGAUCGUGCGCGAGGUGGCCAACGAGGAGCGCGCCCUCUUCCUGAUCACGGCGGGCACGGAGAGGCCCGAGAUGGUGGAGGUCCACGCCGGCUCCAAGGAGGAGCGCAACACCUGGAUGCAGCUGCUGCAGGACGCCACGCAGUCCAUAGAGAAGGAUGAGGACGAGGGCAUUCCCAGUGAAACGGAGGAAGAUAAGAGACUGAUGGAGACCAAAGCCAAGGAGCUCAGAGAGGUUCUGAAAAAGAAGGAUGAUCAGAUUGUGAGUCUGCUUCAGGAGAAGAUGAAGUUGUUCCGGGACAUGUGUGACUGCGGACCAGCCGACGACGGUUCCUCGUGUUCUAAGAUGCUGUUCCGCGCCUGCAAUGAGGAAGUGCCUAAAGGAGAACCCAUCAUGAAGGACGCACUCAAGGAGGUGGAGACGCUGCAGACGCUGGUGAACGGGAGUCUGGGCGGGGCGGUGGGUCAGCAGGUGGCCCAGGAGGCGGGAGGGGGAGUGGGGCCCGUGACUCUGCCCCGCCGUGCUGAGACCUUCGGGGGCUUCGACAGCCACCAGAUGAACACCUCCAAGAAUGGCGACAGAGAGGAGAGCGAGGACACAGCAGAUUUGAGAAGGACCGAGUCAGACAGCGUGCUUAAGAAGGGAGGAAACGCAAACCUGUUGCUGCUACUGAGGAGAAACAGUGAACAGGUGCUCCAUAGUGUCACAAACCUCCACGACCUUCUGGCCUCCCUACAGGCGGUGGUGGUCCAACAGGACACCUUCAUCGAGGACCAGCGGCAGGCCCUGUCCUUCGGCCCCUCCUCGGGCGUCCCUGCUCUCGGCCCUCCGCCUCCUCGCUGCUAUCGCGGGCCGUCAAGGCCCAACUCGCUGAUCGAGCAGGAGCGCCAGCGCAGCCUGGAGAAGCAGCGGCAGGAGGUGGCGACGCUCCAGCGGCAGCAGGCGGCGCACGCCGAGGAGCGCAGGAGGCGCGAGCGGCAGUGGGAGGCGCGCGAGAGCCAGCUGGAGGAGCGCGAGGCCGCCACUCGGGCGCGCGAGGACGAGCUCCACCGCAGGAGGCGCGAGCUGGAGCAGGCCAGGCUGGACAUCCAGGCCCGCAAGGAGGACUACCAGAGGGACCUGGAGCGGCUCAGGGACGGCCAGAGGAGGCUGGACAGGGACCGUGACAACCUCCGCAGGGAGCUGGAGACGCUCGAGCAGCUCAAACAGGAGAAGCGCAUGCAGCGGACCCCCUCCAGCACGUCCGAGGACUCCCUGCAGUUCCUGAGUGGGGGGGGCAGCUCUCUGGACCUCCCCGAGGGCGGAGACUCCGACCUCCCCAGGAAGAACUCCCUGUCCCGCGCGGAGGCCAAGCCCAAGGGGCGCACGCUGAACCCCUUCAGCAUGAACUCGGGGGGUCGCGGGGGGCAGAGCGGCGAGGGCCACAACCAGAUGCCCAACCGCCUGCUCCAGCUCACCAAGAGCAAGGACAAGAAGGACAAGAAGAAGAAGAAGAGCGCCAACCCACACCUUCAGAUGUGCUCAGGAGGCCAGCGCCUCAGCAGUCGGGUGCCCGCGGUGCGGACGGGAGUCUUCGGGGACUAA